AUGUUCUCAGAGCAACAGCUGAAAGUCUUGGAAAAAGGCUUGAAGCAUGUUCCAACCCCAAAGUCAAUAAACUUAGUAGUUAUUAUAACUAAUGUUGAAACAUCUCGUAACUCCAUACCAAAAAUUAUAAAACAAUCAGCAAUAUCAGAAGUAACAGAAUUUGUUCAAAAAUGGAGAACUCCUAAACAAAGAAAUUUAACGAAAAAUGAAGAGAAAAUGUUAAAACAAAUUAAAUCUAUUGAACAUAUUGUAAUCGUCUCAGCCGAUAAGGGUGGCCGCAUAGUAAUACUUAAUAAAGAUGAUAAUGUAUCCAAAAUGGAAGAAAAAUUACGAGAUAAGAAAAUCUACAUGGAAGUGACAGACUCGACUAAUAGCAUUAAAACUGCUCUCUCAGAAUUCCGUCAAAAAUUAUUUCAACAAAAGAAAAUUAGUCAAGGCCAACAAAAAUAUUUAACGUCUAUUAAUAAUAUUCCUAUUGUGCGACGGCAACCAAAACUACAUAAAGUCGAUCAAUCAAUGAUAAUAAUAACAUGCUCAUGGGAUACUAUCACUUCUCCAAUAUCACAACGAGCCUUCUCUUUAAUAAAAGAACUUAGGAAAUUGAUAAAAAAUAAUAUUAUAAACACCAAUAACUUCGUUGAAACAAUUUCAAAAAUUAAAUUAGAAUCAAUGACAAAUUAG